AUGCGGCUUUUUCUGUUGGCGGUGCUCGUCUGGUGCUCGUGCGCGAGGGCCGGCUGCGAACCGAAAAUUGUCAACAUCGGAGCCGUCCUAAGCCAGAAGAGGUACGAGCAGGUCUUUAAAGAUGCGGUCACUCAAGCCAACCAAGUCUACGGACGGGACAAAUUCAAGCUCACGGCCAUCUCCGUCACUCAUAAACCGAACGCCAUCCAGAUGGCUCUGUCCGUGUGUGAAGAUCUCAUCUCCAGUCAGGUCUAUGCCAUCCUUGUGAGUCACCCACCCCAGUCCAAUGACCACCUGACUCCGACACCGGUCUCCUACACUGCAGGCUUCUACCGUAUUCCUGUGGUGGGGCUCACCACUCGCAUGUCUAUUUACUCAGAUAAGAGUAUCCAUCUGUCCUUUCUGCGAACCGUCCCCCCCUACUCGCACCAAGCGCACGUGUGGUUUGACCUGAUGCGCGAGUUCAACUGGAACCAUAUUAUCCUGAUUGUAAGCGAUGACCACGAGGGUCGGGCUGCUCAGAAGAGGCUGGAGACACUCCUGGAGGAGAGAGAAACCAAGAAUAAAAAAAGGAACUAUGAAAACCUCGACCAACUGUCCUAUGACAACAAGCGAGGACCCAAGGCAGAGAAAGUCCUCCAGUUCAGCCAGGAGACUAACUUAACGGCCCUGCUGCUGGAGGCCAAAGAACUGGAGGCCCGUGUUAUCAUCCUUUCUGCCAGUGAGGAAGAUGCCGCUGCUGUCUACAAGGCUGCCCGCUUCCUCAACAUGACAGGCUCAGGCUACGUGUGGCUGGUGGGCGAGCGUGAGAUGUCGGGUAAAGCGCUGAGCGAGGCGCCAGACGGUUUGAUCGGCCUGCAGCUCAUUAACGGGAAGAACGAGUCGGCUCAUAUCAAUGAUGCAGUGGCAGUGGUAGCACAGUCUGUCCAGGAGCUCUUUGAGAAGGAAAAUAUCACUGAGCCCCCAAGAGGAUGUGUGGGCAACACCAACAUUUGGAAAACUGGACCUCUCUUUAAAAGGGUACUCAUGUCAUCAAAAUACCCAGAGGGGCUCACGGGACGUGUGGAGUUCAACGACGACGGCGACAGGAAAUACGCCCACUACAGCAUUCUUAACUAUCAGAAGAGUCGACUCAUUCAAGUGGGCGUUUACAAUGGGACGCAGGUGGUAAUGAACAAUCAGCGCAAGAUUAUCUGGCCCGGCGGGGAGACUGAAAAACCACAGGGUUUCCAGAUGUCUACUCGACUAAAGAUAGUGACAAUACACCAGGAGCCAUUUGUGUACGUGAAACCGACUAUGCAAGAUGGAACGUGCAAGGAGGAAAUGACAUUAAAUGGAGUCUUAAUUAAAAAGGUUAUCUGCACUGGGCCCAAUGAGACCAUCCCAGGGCGCCCAAUAGUGCCGCAGUGUUGUUAUGGGUUCUGCAUUGAUCUGCUGAUCAAGCUGGCUAUGACCAUGAACUUUACGUACGAGGUUCAUCUGGUGGCUGAUGGGAAAUUUGGAACCCAGGAGCGGGUGAACAACAGCAACAAGAAAGAGUGGAAUGGCAUGAUGGGAGAACUCCUGGGGGGCCUGGCUGACAUGAUUGUUGCCCCGCUGACUAUUAACAACGAACGAGCCCAGUACAUUGAGUUUUCCAAACCCUUCAAAUAUCAAGGUCUUACCAUCCUCGUUAAAAAGGAAAUCCCUCGCAGUACGCUGGACUCGUUCAUGCAGCCAUUUCAAAGUACUUUGUGGCUGUUGGUGGGUCUUUCGGUACAUGUGGUGGCGGUGAUGCUUUACCUACUAGACCGGUUCAGCCCAUUUGGAAGAUUUAAAGUAAAUAGUGAGGAAGAAGAAGAGGAUGCCCUCACCUUGUCAUCUGCCAUGUGGUUCUCCUGGGGAGUGUUGCUGAACUCUGGAAUUGGAGAAGGUGCACCUCGAAGCUUCUCAGCGAGAAUCCUUGGUAUGGUGUGGGCUGGCUUUGCCAUGAUCAUUGUGGCUUCUUAUACUGCCAACUUGGCUGCUUUCCUGGUGCUGGAUCGGCCUGAGGAGCGCAUCACCGGCAUCAAUGACCCAAGGCUCAGAAACCCAUCUGACAAGUUCAUCUAUGCCACGGUGAAGCAGAGUUCCGUGGACAUCUACUUUCGGCGGCAGGUGGAGCUUAGCACCAUGUACCGCCACAUGGAGAAGCACAACUAUGAGAGUGCCGCCGAGGCCAUCCAGGCAGUGCGUGACAACAAGCUGCAUGCUUUCAUCUGGGACUCUGCGGUGCUGGAGUUUGAAGCCUCGCAGAAGUGCGACCUGGUGACCACGGGAGAGCUGUUUUUCCGUUCGGGCUUUGGCAUAGGCAUGCGCAAGGACAGCCCCUGGAAACAGAAUGUGUCCCUGGCCAUUCUCAGUUCUCAUGAAAACGGAUUCAUGGAAGAUCUAGAUAAAACCUGGGUGAGAUACCAGGAGUGUGACUCAAGGAGCAAUGCCCCAGCCACACUCACCUUUGAAAACAUGGCAGGGGUCUUCAUGCUUGUGGCUGGUGGCAUAGCAGCAGGGAUCUUCCUCAUCUUCAUUGAAAUAGCCUAUAAGCGCCAUAAAGACGCCCGCAGGAAGCAGAUGCAGCUCGCCUUUGCGGCCGUUAAUGUUUGGAGGAAGAACCUGCAGGAUAGAAAAAGUGGUAGAGCAGAGCCCGACCCCAAAAAGAAAGCCUCUUUUAGGUCCAUCAGUACCAACCUGGCCUCCAGCAUCAAGAGACGUAGGUCCUCCAAAGACACGCAGUACCCACCCACUGACAUCACGGGGCAACUUAAUUUGUCUGACCCGUCCGUCAGCACUGUGGUGUAG